UAUAUAUAUGUAUUUUUGUUCGGCCGUCAUUGGGGUUUUUUAGGGUAUCUCGAAAUUUGGCUCACCUUGUACAAAUCUUUCGAUAUUGGAUUUGCUUCUCCCUGCCCGUGGUUUUUCCCGUCAAGGGUUUCCACGUUAAUUGUGUGUUUGUUCUUCGAUUUCUUUGUUUCUGUUGCCAUUUGUUUUUCUCCCAAUUCCGUAACAGAUACACUCCUUCCCGGCCAAAAAAUAACCAAGGAUAUUAGCCUGCUCUCAUCAAAAAGCCAGACCAAUUAUUCUUCCAAUUAUUCUUCCGGUUACUAUAACUUGUAUUUUGACAAUGAUAAUGUCCUUCGUUUGCUUUUCCGAGGUCCAGACCCACAGAUUUCCAGCGUCUAUUGGCCGGAACCAAUUAUGCUGACUUUUGAAGCUGGUAGAACCACAUACAACAACAGUAAAACUGCCAUGUUCGAUUCAACCGGCUACUUCCGGUCAUCCGACGAUCUGGUAUUCUCAGCAUCAGAUUGUGGAGUGGUCCUUUACAGACGAUUAACAGUUGAUCCAGACGGUAAUGUUCGAUUCUACAGCUUUGAUGAGAAGAGUAAGGUUUGGGUUAUUACAUGGCAAGCAAUUUCCCAACCAUGCAGGAUUCAUGGAAUCUGUGGACCCAACAGUUUGUGUGAAUAUGAUCAUGCUUUGGGUAGGAGAUGUUUGUGCUUGCCAGGCUUCAAGAUGAAAAAGUAUCUGGAUUGGUCAUAUGGAUGUGAACCGGUGGAUUUCAAUUACAACUCCUUCUUCAACAUUAGUCAGGAGACUGGUUUCAUUCAUUUAACUAAUACUGAAUUCUAUGGCUAUGACAAAGACUACAUCCAAAAUUGUACCUUACAAAGAUGCCAAGAGGAAUGCUUGAAGUCUUCUCAGUGCAAAGCUAUCCAAUUCAAAUAUAUCAGAUCUGAAGGUCGUUAUGACUGUUACACCAAGCCACACUUACUUAAUGGGCAGCAACAACCAGGUUUCAGAGGAGAUAUGUAUGUAAGACUGCCUAAAUCCAUCCUUUCUUCCAUUGAUGAGAAACCCAUGAAGGAACUAAAGCUAGAUUGUCCUCAUCAAGAACAUGUUCCUUUGCUAUUAAACAGAACAUAUGUAAAAGAAAGUCCAAAUGGGUUCCAAAAGUUUUUGCUUUUGUUUGCAGUUUCACUAGGAGGGGUUGAGUUUGUUUGUAUCUCUUUGGUACUUAGUUUCUUAUUUUGGAAAAGAUCAGAUAAUAUUGACAAAGCUAUGCAAGGAUACAUGCUUGCCGCAACCUCCGGAUUUCAGAAAUUUUCGUAUGAUGAAUUGAAGAAGGCAACAAGAGGAUUCCAUGAAGAAAUCGGAAGGGGUGCGGGAGGUAUUGUAUACAAAGGCAUAUUAUCUGAUAAUCGGGUUGCAGCAAUCAAGAGACUGAUCAAUGACGGUCAUGGAGGAGAAGCUCAUGAAUUCCAUACGGAAGUCAGCACCAUUGGGAGGCUGAACCACAUGAACUUGAUACAGAUGUGGGGUUAUUGUGCAGAGGGGAAGCACAGGCUUCUAGUAUAUGAGUACAUGGAGAAUGGAUCCUUAGCAAGCAAGCUAUCAAAUUCAAAUGCGCUUGAUUGGGAAAAAAGGUUUGGAAUAGCACUGGGAACAGCAAAAGGCUUAGCUUAUUUGCACGAGGAGUGCUUGGAAUGGGUUUUACAUUGCGAUGUAAAGCCUCAGAACAUCCUCUUAGACUCCAAUUUUCGUCCUAAAGUGGCAGAUUUUGGGCUGUCCAAGUUUCAAAACAGGGGAAUGCCCAACAAUUCAAGCUUCUCAAGGAUAAGAGGGACAAGAGGCUACAUGGCACCAGAAUGGGUUUACAAUCUCCCAAUUACUUCAAAAGUGGAUGUGUAUAGCUAUGGAAUCGUAGCUUUGGAAAUUGUAACAGGAAAGAAACCAGCAGGAAGCCAGUUCUCUGAGAGCGGAAUGAUGACAGAGAACCAUGGGAGAUUGGUGAAAUGGGUGAAGAAGAAAAUGAUUGGAGCUGAUACAAGUCAAACUAAUUGUAUUGAAGAAAUAGCAGAUUCAAAGAUGGGUGGGAAGUUUGACAAGGCUAAGUUGGAAGUAUUAGUGAAAGUGACACUGCAAUGUGUGGAAGAAGACAAGGAAGCCAGACCCACCAUGCGUCAGGUUGUAGAGAUGCUUCAGGGCCAUGAAGAGGAGAAAUUUUUCUGUACUCCAAGAGUUCCGGAUCCUCCUUGUGAGUCUGGACUACCAUACUUCGACAAUAUUGAAAGUUUUUUGGAUGCGGACGAACACUCCUCGAUACACUAAGUAAGAAAUAUAGUAUUAAUUAAGAAUUCUAAACCUUUGAUCUAUCAAUUUUCUUUUUCAAAUGUGUUGUGUGUGCUGCUUGACCAUCCAAAUUUGGCAGCUGAAUUGUUUGUAAAAGUUUGAGAAGCCAAAAUUUAGGAUCUGUGGUACUUUUCUACUUGGUAAUCUCUCUGCUUCCAACCCUUGUGUAACACUUUUCAUUGUGUAUGCAUCUACUUAUAAAAGCUAAACUGUAUCAAUUCCUGAAAAUAAU